AUGGACCUCCUCCAAUCCGUCCGCAAGUCCGGCUCACGCGGCGGCGUGAAUUUCAGCUGGGACGAAGUCAAAUCCUCUCAACACCGCGAGAACUAUCUCGGCCACUCGCUCAUGGCGCCCGUGGGCCGCUGGCAGAAGAAUAAGGACCUAGGUUGGUAUGCCAAGGGGGAGGAUGCGGAGCUUACGGAGGAGGAGAGGAGGGUUAAAGCUGAGGAGGCGAGGAGGGCGGAGGUCAAGAAGGUGAAGGAGGCGGAGGAGGAUGCUAUGCUACGCGCUAUGGGGUUGCCGGUACCGGAACGGGGUGGAGAGGGGCAGGGGGAGGGGAAUGGGAAUGCGAAUGCGAAUUUGGAGCCGUUAGGGUUGAGUCGGGAGAAGCAGGGGGAGGUUAAUAAGGCUUUGAGGGAGGCUUUGGGGGAUGAUGAGAGAAAGGAGGAGGAGGGGGAGGGAGGGAAGGGUAUGAAGUCGAGGGAGGAGAGGAGGCGGAGGAGAGAGGGGAGUCGAGAGAGGCGACGGGAGCGAGAUCAUGAGGACGAUAGGGCUGUGAAGCGGAGACGCAGGUCGAGGUCGAGGUCGAGGUCACGCGGGCAUGAUCGGGAGAGAAGGCAUAAGCAUAGGCAUAGUGUGCGGUCACGGAGUCGAUCGAGGGAGCGCAGACGUGACAGGUCGCGGAGUCGAGAGCGUAGACGGAGCUUUGCAGAUCAAGAUAGGAGAAGUAGGGACUAUGAUGGUCGUAAGAGGAGUCGCAGUCGAAGUAGAGAUCGUGAAAGGAGACACCGACGUGAUCGCACCAGAUCUCGAUCGCGGUCGCCAUACAACAAGGACAGACGGAGGCGCAGUGAUGAGCAAUGA